UGUGGUGUUACAGGCGGGAGUGUCUCUAUGAUGGCUGUGUCUGUACGUCUGGGUUGAGUAUUGGAUAUGCAUUUAUGACCAUGAGCAGUUUUGUUCUUGACAAGGUGUCACCAAUUCGCCGUCCACUUGAGAUGAGAACAUCACUGGUCGCCAUGGCGUUUUUGGCUGGAGUACUUUCUUGUGCGGGUCAUUGGGCGUCAGCAUCUGUCAUUGUCUGUCUGACAAGUUACCCGCAGUCUGCCACAGAAGGAGUCGAGUUCACACUGUCCUGUACAGCAACACAGAGCGAUGGGUUGAUAAGUGUCAGCUGGUACAGAAACAAUGUUGAAAUGUUCAUGACAAGCAGUGAUGCCAACAUAUCUUCUUCCAUACUGAAACCCAACACCACUUUAUCAGAAUACCGCGCUGUGGUAGGACGUGUCACUGUCAGCUCCUCCCUCCAACAACACAACGUGACACUCAGGAUCAACUCUACACUCGACCAGGGCUCUGUGUGGAAGUGCAGGAGUGGGAUGCGUUUCAGCAAUAACGUCACUGUGGAGAUUACAGACAAAUCUGAAGCGUCCAUCUCAGUAAAAGCAACAAGAAAUCCAGUCAAUGGUGGACAGAUCCUAACACUGACUUGCGAAAGUACAAAUGACAUCACAGAAACUGUCUGGUCCAGAAACUCAGUGAACAUAUUCAAGACCAUCAUACCGAGGUCCAUGUUGGUGUACGACACCAACUCCCCCCAGUACCAGUCUGUGGCAGGACGUGUCACUGUCAUGUCCUCCCUCCUUCAACACAACGUCAGUCUCAGGAUCAACUCUACUCUCGACCAAGGCUCUGUGUGGAGAUGUCAAAGUGGAAACGUGUUCAGCAAUAACGUCACGCUUGAUGUGGUGGAACAUAUACGGGAUGGAAGUAUUUUACCCCUCACCGCUGCAGUUGCCAGCAUCAUCGUCGUCAUCGUCAUCGUCGUCGCCAGUUUUAUCUCUGUGUUACUGGUCAGGAAGUAUAAGAAGGACGUCGCAGAAAGCCACAGUCAGAUGUACAGCACCAUGUCACGUGACCCUGACACUGACAACAAUUACUCUGAGUUGGGUCCUGGACUCACAAAUAAGAGGCUUCCGAAUUCCAAGCCUGCCACCACAGGGGAGUCCGUGGCCUACUACAACACUGUUCCCGCUGACAGCCAGUAUGAAAACCCACCAUCUUCUACUAAGAAACCGGAUUCUUCAUACGAAUGAGGGCCUGAGUUUAGGUUUACACCGCUUUUAGCAAUAUUCCAGUGAUAUCACGAUCUAGGACACCAGAUAUGGACUCCACAC